AUGUCCACCGCUGCCCGUACCAAUUUGACAUCCAAUAAUGUAAAGGUGACCAAUUACAAGCUUGGUGAAGGAACCUUUCGAGAAUGUUUCGAAGGAAUAUACAUUGGAGGCAAUCGAAACAACCAAGCUGCCGCUUGCAAACGAUUCAAGUCACAAUAUACCAGCAUGGAAAACGAGUUCUUUGCUCAGGAUUUUCAAAUUGCCGAUAAGACUAUUGACUUCGCCGAAUCCUGGAAUGAUGUUUGCCCAUAUGGAAAAGAAAUAAUGGUAUCCCGUGGGUCACUCCACACCAAGGGUGGUCGAAGGUACAUUGUGGAACCUCUGAUUCGGGAUUAUGACAAAUUCACAUCCAACACUGGUUGGAUUGGGGAUACUUCGAAUUGGCAGGUCCGCUGCAUGGAAGCCUUUACACACUACACAUAUCACAAGUCAGGUGGACAAAUGAUUGUUUGUGACAUUCAGGGACGGUAUCGUCACAAUCGUUUUUCCAAGGCCAAAUCGCGAUUUGAAUUGGGAGACCCGGCUAUAUGCUCCCGGACACGCAGGUAUGGACCCACCGAUUUGGGCGAAAAGGGAAUAGAGUCCUUCUUUUCCAACCAUCAAUGCAAUGAAUUCUGUGAGGACAACUGGAGCAGACCUCGUUGCCCAAGUCAGUGGUUCCCCCAGUCAAGGGGGACUUCCAUGGUCUCGUCCCUGCAUUCGAAUCAACUGUCUUUGCACAGUCGAGCCACCUUCAGAAUGAGAGGUAACAUGUUGAUGGGAGUUGUCGAAGAGGAUUCAGAUGAAAGCGACUAUUAA